AUGGUGCGCGCCGAGCAAUCCAAUCCAGUCACGGCUGAUCAGCUAGUAUUCGCUGCUGGUAAAAAUGUGGAUUACACGACAAGAGCUUUAAGAGCCAGCGAUUCGACGGACGAAGAGAGAUGUGAUGUUUCUGGACUUUCGAAAGUCGCGGGCUUCUUGUUGAAGGCCGGUCCUUCUGCCGAAAACCUUGCGAACAAGCUGUGGCUAAGUGGUCGGACGGACCCGAUGAAGGUUUUCAAAAUCUUACGUCUAAGACAAGCUGGGGUGAAGCUUGACGACAACCCGAGGGUUGUAAUGGGCCCCAUUUAA